GAAACUGCUAUGUGCUAUUUUCGUUCAUAUCUAGAAACAAAAGGUACUGCUCUAAGUCAAAAUGAUGAUGUAUUACCAUAUUAUGCCUUACCUUUCAUUCCCAAUCCACAAAUUCAUCCAUCAUUCAGAAAACUUUUUGAGAAAAUACAGAUGAAGUACAGAAGCAGCCUUGCUUAAUGAAGCUAUAUGUAUCCUAAAUUAAUAAAAUAUAUAAACUAAUAUGCAGGAAGAAUUGAACACUGCAGAAAUUAAAUGGAAGGAAUCAGAAAGGAAAAACAGCAUUCAAUCAAAACAACUUGUAAAAUUACAGGAAGAUUGUCGUGUAUUGAUGACAGUGUUAAAUAAUUUUAUUGCUGCUCUUGAAUCUGCAGUCAAAGGAGAUUUGACAGAUUUAGAUGAUGUUCUUUCUUCUUGUAUGCAACGAUUUCCUGAAGUAUUCAAUCUUCAUAAAAUUAGUGAGAAUGAAUUUAAUUAUCAUCAAUCAAAUCAUAAAAUUCUUCCAAAAUCUGUGAAAACUGCCAAAGAUGUUCCAAUAAUUUCUUCAUUGGAUUUCUUGAAAAUUAAAAAAGACAUCCUUCAAUUGGAAUCUAAAAAGGUUGCUCUUUUAUUGCAAGCUUUAAGAUGGAGGAUAACAAAACAAUCCAGUGUAACAUUGAAAACUGAUGUGUUGAUGAUGUAUAUUGAACAUGAUAUACUAAAUUUGGAACACACAAAAUUAAAGGAAAACUUUUUAGAUAAAGUUCAUAAUUCUACAAGCGAUAUUCUUCAAACAUUCCUCAGAUUUUUGAAUACUAUUGCUUCAUUUCCAGAAGUUGAGCAUUCUUUAUGUCUAUCAAGAGAACAGACAAAAAAGAUUUAUAAUUGAAAUUUAAGUCAAGAUGCAUCACAAAACGGCAGAACUAGUAAUUUUUAUGGAAAACUCAUGGUAUUACAGCUUUUAACAAAUAUUCUAACUUUUAUCUUAUUGUAAGUUAUUUUUAUUAAAAAACAGUAAUUUUUCUUGUUGAAGUUACAGUGAUCAGUUUUUUAGUAAAGAUGAUUCUCAUACCUGAUUAACAGCAAUAAAUCCCAG